AUGGGCCAUAUACAAACAAUCCCAGCGGCAGCGAUAAUGGCUGUUCAAGCUCAAUACCCAUCAAACGUUCUUCUUCUCAACAGAACCAUACAAGAAGGAAAGAACCAACCCGGCCGAGUAAGCGGCGGUGAUGGUGGCGGCGGUGGCGGCGGUGGAGGAAUAGCAUUGUUUGAUCACCCGCAUAUACUAUUCAACCCCGGAGUCACAACGAAUAACUCGCGAAAGCGAGGACGAGAAACCAUGGGUACAACAACGAUGAAUGGAAGCAACGCGUUGAUUUCAGUAACAUUGCAGCAACAACAACAACAACAACAACAAUCUCAGAUGAUUGAUCUCUCUCAGCUACACACUCCGCAGAACAAUCCAAACAACGUUGUUGUCUCUACUGGCCUUCGCUUAGCCUUCGGUGAUCAACAUCAACAUCAACAACAACAACAACAACAACAUCAUCAUUUGCAACACCAGCAACAUUAUAAUUCUCAUCAGCAGCAACAAACUUCUUUGUCUCCUCAAUCAUCAGUUUCGUUAUCGAUUUUGUCAGAUGACUUUGCCUCUCAGAUUAAACAACAGCGCGAUGAAAUUCACCAUUUCAUCCAAGUCCAGGGAGAGCAGUUGAGGAGAGAAUUGUCACAGAAGAGACAAAGGCAAUAUAGGGAGCUGCUGGUGGCGACGGAGGAGGCGGUGGCGAGGAGGCUGAGGGAGAAGGAGGUGGAAGUGGAGAAGGCAGUUAGGCGAAACGCGGAGUUAGAGGCUCGGGCGGCGCAGUUAAGUGCGGAGGCGCAAGUGUGGCAAGCGAGAGCGAGGGCGCAAGAGGCCACGGCGGCGACCCUGCAAGCGCAGCUGCAGCAGGCUAUGAUGGGCGGCGGCGGCGGCGGCGGUGGGUGUAGCGUGGAUAGAGAUGAUCAGUGGGGUAGCAGUAAUGGGGUUGAUGGUGUGGUGGCGGAGGAUGCUGAGUCAGCAUACAUUGACCCGGACCGAGUUGCUGUGUUGACUGGGCCGAGUUGUAAAGCGUGUCGGAAGCGAGUUGCCUCAUCAGUGUUGCUGCCGUGUCGACACUUGUGUUUAUGUACAGAAUGUGAUGCUGUGGCCCAGGCCUGCCCACUUUGUUUCACUUUCAGAAGCUCAAGUGUUGAGGUCAAUCUUUGCUAA